CGCAGUGGCUGUAGGUGGAAUUUUUGUUUGGCGAGAGCAGAAAAGUCUCUGUGAUAAGGGAAUAUACCUGGCUGAAUUCCAUUGUUUUGUGUUGUUUGGUGCUGCAUCUCAUCUCUCUGGUGGCUCUGGAUGCAAUGUCCACGAUGGAGAUCACGGAAUUGGAUAAGAAAUUCAACAUAAUCGACGGAGAGACUCCAAUAAAUCGCCACCUAUCAGCCCACUUCAAAAGGAGUUUUGCUCACUACACUGUCAAGGAUCGACUUCCAGUAAUACUCACGAGGAUCAUCGAUGGACUCUCCCGCGAAAAGGAAGCAAUCAUCGCUGGAUACGGAGAGGAGUCAACUGAGGAUCUAAAAGAUGUGAUAGGAAACAUAUCGAAGCUCAAGUAUGAAUUGCAGACGGACAAAAAGUUCAAAUUACUCGAUGGCAAUGACAGUGAUCAGGAGGAAUGGAAUUCCUUCCUGCAAUCCCUUCCAGACACUCACAAUUCCUACUUUUCCGCCGUCUGGCUGCACGCUGAGUGCUACAUGUAUCGCAGGGUGAGGGCAAUUUUUGAGGAGACAGCGACGCUCCGGGACUUUGAUUAUUUCCGGAAGCAGAAAAAGGAUGCGUUUAUGGGGAGCCUAGAGGCAUUUAUAAGGCUCACGGAGAAGUUCAAUGAGACACGAGAAGCGAAAUCUCGCAUGGAAUUACAGGGAUUGUUUAGGCAAUUGGUGAGGCUGAAUCUUUGGGGGAAUAGGAUAGAUUUGUCCAUAAGUGGGGGAAAAAUUGUGAGUCAGGAUGAUGAUCCAUUUGCUGCUCUGGUAAAUCUGGAGGGGUACAUUUUGGCAGAUGACACCAAUGCCAUGUGGGAGUGCAUCUCGAUGACAGAUGGGAAUAUUAUUGUGGAUUUUGUCUGUGACAAUGCUGGUUAUGAAUUAUUUACGGAUCUCUGUUUGGGAGAUUUUCUGAUAUCACGCAAUCUUGCUGCCAAGAUUCGAUUCCAUGUUAAGACUAUUCCCUGGUUCGUGUCUGAUGUCACUCCAGAGGAUUUCCGUUGGACUCUGGAUGCCCUGAAACUUGCCGUUAAAGCUACUUUGAGAGAUUUGGGCAGUAGAUUGUCCAAUUACAUGGAAACGGGACAUUUUGAAUUGAUUGAAGAUGAACACUUCUGGACAUCACCAUAUGACUACAGUCAGAUGGAAAGUGUCAAGCCGAGUGUCUACCAGAGUCUUCAGCAGGCCCAUUUGGUGAUCUUCAAGGGUGAUCUGAACUACAGGAAACUCCUGGGAGACAUCAAAUGGGACACAACAGAGACCUUUGAGAAUGCUCUGCGGGGCUUCAGACCGACCAAUCUCUGCUCACUGAGGACAGUGAAGGCGGAUUUGGUGGUGGGAUUGGAGAGAGGACGUGCAGAAGGACUCACAGCGAAGGAUCCCAAAUGGAUGGAAACGGGAGAUUAUGGUGUUAUACAGUUUGCGCCCAAAUGAACAAGUGGUUGUGAUUCAUCCCUUCGUCCCCGCCCCAAAUUGUGAUUCUGCCAAAAAAAAAAUUCCCCGUGGUGUCCUUACAUGUGUCUUCGUUGAAGAUGAAAAUACAAAGAAAAGUGGAUUAAA